AUGCUGUUCUGGCAUCUGACUCACAUGGAGCUUUCUUUGAUAGGACUUUGUUUGAGCCAGAAGAUCCCAGCCCAGGAGGGUUCUCUCCCCCAGCCCACUCUCUCAUUUGAGACAGCCUGUAUCAUGUCCCCAGGGAACAAUCUGACUCUCAAGUGCAAGAAGCCAGUCAUUGAAGAUUUAGUUCUCCAGAAAUGGACAUACCUUCUGCUCAAGGAGGGGAAUUCACAGCCUUUGCAGAGCUUCACUUCACAUGGGUCCUGGGCUAACUUCAUCCUACUGUGGGUGUCAACUCAGGAUUCUGGGAACUAUAGGUGCAAGUACUUUGGAUCCCAGGACCCACAAAGAGAGUCAGAGGCCAGCAGUGCCCUGGAGAUCUGUCCGAAUGAAUCUGGAACCGUUACUAUCAUUCUCAGCUGUGUCAUCAUUCUCAACUUCCUCUUUCUACUGGCCUUCUAUCAUCGCUCCUAUAUUGCAUCCCUGGCUCAUGACAUCUUCCCUGCAUUGGGCUUCCAUCAAUCACAGAAUACUCAAAGAGGAGACCAAGUGUAUAGUCGUGGCCAAGCAGAGACGGAUCCAUCGACAUCAGGGGCUGAAGAUUAUGAAGCAGUGAUAUACAGCCAGUUGAACAUAAAGGCACUGAGUAGGGGGCAGCCAACAGCCUAUGAGAAAUGUCAAAAUUAUGUCAUCGAUAGCACUGUAGGCAAGCGCUAA